AUGCCUCCACGUCGAUCAGCGAGACGUAAUCCUCCAAUAACUCAAAUUCAUCCACCACUACCUCCUCCACAAUACAAUCCAGCAGCUAUCCAAGCUGCAGUAGCUGCGGCUGUUACGACAACCCUAGCUCAAUUCAACACGACCGGUACUAGAGGGAGUGGAACAGCUGUGCAUUCCACUCAAGUUGAUCCUCCCGUGCACUCUAGAGAGUGUUCGUAUAAGGACUUCACCAACUGCAAACCCAGAGCCUUCAACGACAGUGGUGGGAUCAUUUCUCUCUCGUAA